AUGGCCGACAAACUCCGCACCCUCCAAAACCUCGAAGCCCUGCAGGCCCGCCACGUCGGCACCGGCCACGCCGACACAACCAAGUACGAAUGGGAAUCCAACAUCAUCCGCGACAGCUAUGCGUCGUAUAUCGGGCACCCGCCACUGCUCUCGUACAUGGCUCUUGGGAUGGGCGAGCCGAAGGAGAAGGUGCGGGCUGCGAUGAUCGAGAAAAUGGUUCGCGGGGCUGGGAAUCCGCCUGAGGUUGGUCUUGUUUGCUGUGCUUGUUGA